AUGGAGGACAGUGAGGGUAAUGAGUCAAAAUAUUUAUAUUUUGUAUCAUUAUUUUUGAUAAUAGGACCUUCAAUCGGAUUUUAUAUUACAGUUAUACCAUUUUUAACAAAUGAGUUUGGGGUUAUAAUACCAAUAAUACAUUCAUUUAUAUUAUUAUUUUCAAUCGGUUCAUUAACUUAUGCAAGAUUAUCAGACCCUGGUUUUAUACCAAAACAAUUGGAAUGUAAAGAAAACAGGGACUACUUAGAACACAAACAGUAUUUAUUAGAACAACAGCAAUUAGAAGAGUUGGAGGAGGAUUUUGAAAAUCAACAGCAACAUAAAAAGAAAAAAUUAAAAAAAAAAACAGUACGUUUAUAUAAUGGUAUAACUAUAAAAAGGGUUUAUUGUAAAACAUGUCAUUUUUAUAGACCACCCAGAGCAUCACAUUGUUCAACAUGCAAUAGAUGUGUUUUCGAAUUUGACCAUCAUUGUCCAUGGGUAGGGAACUGUGUGGGAAGAAAUAAUUAUAAAUAUUUUGUAUAUUUUUUAAUUUCAACCGUUAUACUGGCAGUGUUAACAGCUGGGUUUUCAAUUUUACAUAUAGUAUAUAUUUCAAAGAUUUACAGUAAAGCAGUUGAUAUUAUCGGACAUGCACCUUAUUCAAUAGUGAUUGGAGUUUAUGCAUUUCUUUUAUUUUGGACAUUAAUUGGAUUAUGUUCAUUUCAUUUAUAUUUAGUUGGUAAUGGAUUAACAACAAGAGAAGAUGCAAAAGCUAUAGUUAACCCAUAUUUCAAAGGCAGUUUUAUUGGAUCUUUUUGUAAAUUAAUGUUUAGAGCAAAUUAUUCAAAAUAUCCAGUAUUUUAUAAUUUUGGUUCAGAAUUUAUCGACAACAAUUCACCCUCACCAUCACUUUUAUCAUCGCCCUCAUCGAUUAGCGAAACCGCUAUUGAUAUGUCCCCUGGCAAUGAUCAUAGAUACCACUAUCAGUCAAAUCGUCAGCAAUCACCAUUGGUCUCACCAAAUGUAUCGCCAUAUUUAAAUAAUUAUAAUAAUAAUAAUAAUGACAAUAAUAACAACGAUGAAGAUAAUGACGGAGAGAUUAGAUCCUUAGGAAUGAUAGGCUUGGGUAGAAUAAAUAUUGGUGACAACAAUAACAAUAAUAAUAACAUCGAUAAUAAUAACAGCAACAAUAGUAAUAAUAUUAAUAGUACCCAAUUUUCAUUAUACAAUGACGACGAAAAUGAUGAUAAAAAAAGAUUAUUAUCUUAUUAUUAA